AUUUCUAAACUUUCCAUCACGGCCUCUAAUUGCCUACCUAUCAGUAAAGAAAGUUGGAAAAAAAGUAAGCAAAAUAGUUGGUAAUAUUUAAUAAAGUAUCUCAACAUUUGUUAUUUGGGUCCUAUGGAAUUCUUUUAACCUUAUUGUUCAACCGGCAUAGGUGAUUGCGUGUUCUGCUUUACUUAUGGAAAAUAAAGCAAAUUUUUAAAAAGACCCUGUGGGGGAGACCAAUUAUUUUAAUUUGAUCGUGUGUGUGUUUAUGCAUGAAAUGUACACAAUAACAAAAACAAAUUUACCAACAUAAAGUACAUCAGUGAACAUGGCGCAUGAAGCAGUGUUAGAUGAGAUUACAGGAUAUAACACUUUUUAUCUUUCACUAUUUCUUAAACAUUGCUUUCAAAUGGACAAUUAUUUAUUAAAACACUCAACAAAGUUAAGAAAACGUAUAGAAAAGGAAGUAUUAUGGAGUGCAGCAUUAGCUGGCCAACAAACUACUGUAUUAACAGGCAGCUCCGCUGAGGGACUGUGUCUACCGCUAGAUAAAACGGGCUACAUUUUAAUGAAAUCUGAUCUAGACCACAUGAUAGUUUUAGACUACAUAAAAGUUCACGCAUUACCGAACGAAUGUGUAGCCAGUGAAUCGUGUUUCUACCCAUACACUACAGCUGAUGUCUACCCUGGGUAUUGCUUAGUACAACAAUGUAAUCCAAUCAGAUUAUUAAGUAGCAGUGAAAUUCGAAAACAAAUGAUAGAGCGGGCUUCACAAAUUCAUCCUGACGCCACUGCUAGUGAGACGAGUACGGCAAUUACAUUUUCACAGUCCCUAUCACCCAAAUUUAACUAUGCGAUCCCUAUGUAUGCAGACAUCAUCUAUUCGUUGAAACAUGAAACUUGGCCGGAUCACGCGAAAGAAUGGAUAACGCGGGAGCGAAAAAGUAACUGGCCUUCACAGAAACAGAUAAAAAAGAUUGUCAAAUCGGGAUGUCAUUUAGUGCCGAAAUCGCACCCUUUGUCUCGCACAGAUAGCACCGAAUGGCGAUAUUCUUUCUCCAUCACAGCUGAGCUACCAUUAUCUUUAACUUACAGUAAAAUACAACGGUUUUGUUAUUUGAUUGUUAAACUGCUAAUUAAGCACGCAGAAAGUCUUUACCCAGAGUUCCUUGUUAGUACCUACUAUAUUAAAACCUGUAUGUUUUGGAUAAGCGAGGAAACCCCACAACCUGAAUGGAAUGAGCGUUUAGUUGGGAAAAACGUGUUUCGGUUACUUGAUAAGCUGAUUGAUUUUAUUUCAAAGAGGAAUCUCCCAAAUUACUUCAUUCCUGAGAAUAACAUGAUUCUACACUGGAAUGAAAAAUCAGAUGAGUAUAAGAAAAGUUUGCUAUUGUUGAAACACAUUCGUAAAUAUCCUGUACACACCAUUAUGAAAUGCAAGACUUAUCAGUUUUAUUCUGAAAAUGUAAUGUUGGAUUUGUUUCCGAGCAUAUUGGACGCCCUGUGUUCCUCUUCGGUUGAUUACAACAGGAUACUAUUAGCCUUGAUGCGAGUAGCAACACGCCAUAAUCAAAACGCGGAAUUUGGCCUUGCAAUACCAGCUUGUGAGGACAUUCUAUAUUUUUACAAAAAAAAGAUGGGCUGCUUAGACACAGGCGUGCUAUGCUGGAUUGUAUUAUUGGCGAACUGUUAUAGUCGAGUCGGCAACUUGGCGAAAUAUAUCACGACAAACUGGAAAAUUUUAGAAUUACUUGAAAAUAAUCCAGACAGUGAGUUAGCCGACAUUGGAAGCAUGGUACUUAAUCAGGCUCAAGCGAUCUUUACCAAAGCUUUAAGUUCCAAUCCGACUGCGUAUGGUUCUUUAGACGAUGUACGAGAAUUGUUUCUAAUAUCUGAGACGUUUUUUAACCUCUCAGACCAAAGACGACAUGCAGUGUGGUGUGUACAUUAUGCUAAUUUCUGUGUGCGCAUGUGCGAUUUCACAACAGCGCGCACUUUACUGGAAAAACACUUAAAUUUCUUAGUUUCAACCAAGUGUAUCGAGGAUGAUGUUUUGCUUGCACCGUGUGAGUCUGUCACAAUAGAUUCAAUGAUGCAAAAUAUAUUUGAAGUCAAAAAAGAACUAGCAAAUACGUUACGUUUUGAUUACGACCGUUACCCGGACUGCUUUAGUUUACCAACCAUAAUAUGGGCAUUGUAUUUACUAAUUGAAGUUUGCGUGGAGCUUAACGAUUUCGAGAAUGUUAGAUUACACUUGAGUACGUUUCGAAAUUUCGUGGAAACUCACAUGCCAGCAAAAGGGAUGAAACCAACGGAUUGGUAUAGUUUGUUAGGUCACUCUUAUAUCCGCAUUGAUGACCUCAAUAACGCUAAAUAUUUCUUCAAGUUACGAUAUCCCGGACCAAAUUUGGAUAAACCAAUGAAUGCCUAUCAUGACGUCACUUUAGAAUUUCACAGGUUGGCGUUAAUGUACCAAUGUUUUAAGUGAUAGAAUUAUUUGUUUUCUA